AUGUCGGAAGAGGUGAAACAACACCAGCAGAACGUAGAUGAGCCAUGUGUUCAUAAAGCAACCGCCGUCAACGUGGCGGAGGAGGGAGGCGUUGAUUCUAAGGACCGUGGGUUGUUUCAUUUCACGGGGAAGAAAGAGGAAGAGAAGAAGGCCGAAGAGGAAGGGAUUGUGAAUGAGUUUGAACCGAAGGUGCAGGUCUGCGAACCGAAGAAGGGUUUGAAGGAGAAGGUUUCUGGAGAACACAAGGAAGAACAUAAGACUCAGAAAAUUUCUGUUCCAGUAGAAAAAUGUGAAGAAUCAGAAGAGAAAAAAGGGUUUGUAGGUAAGAUCAAGGAGAAGAUUCCCGGUGGCCACAAGAAGGCUGAGGAAGUGGCUGUACCACCCCCACCAUAUCAGGCCACAGAGUGCACCACCCCUGACGCUGAGGCUAAGGAGAAGAAGGGGCUCUUGGAUAAGAUCAAGGAGAAAAUCCCUGGGUACAACCCCAAGACUGAGGAAGAGAAGGAGAAAGAAAAAGUAUGA